AUGCUGAGCAAGUCCACUCCUAGCCCAUAUGGGGGUCUGCGUGGCUGGCCCCCCUGCCUCUGCCUGGCAUUUUUGUUGGGUCAGGUGGGUUUGCUGCUGGGACAUCCCCAGUGCCUGGAUUAUGGGCCCCCUUUCCGGCCCUCCCAGCACCUUGAGUUUUGUUCUGACUACGAGUCCUUCGGCUGCUGUGACCAGCACAAGGACCACCACAUUGCAGCCCGGUACUGGGACAUCAUGAACUACUUUGACCUGAGAGGCCACGAGCUGUGUGGAGGGUACAUUAAAGACAUCCUUUGCCAGGAAUGCUCGCCCUAUGCCGCCCACCUCUACGAUGCUGAGAACCCCAAGACGCCCCUUCGGAACCUGCCAGGUCUCUGCUCUGACUACUGUUCUGCCUUCCAUUCUAACUGUCACUCUGCCAUCUCCCUGCUCACUGGUGACCAUGGCCUCCAGGAUUCCCGUAAUAAAGAUGGUGCCCGCUUCUGUCACCUCCUCAACCUCCCUGACCAGGACUAUUGCUUCCCCAACGUCCUGAGGAAUAACCAUCUCAACCGCAAGCUGGGUGUGGUAGACGAGGACCAUCAGGGCUGCCUGCAGCUCUGUGUGAGCGAGGUAGCCAAUGGGCUAAGGAACCCGGUCUCCAUGGUUCAUGCAGGAGAUGGCACCCAUCGCUUCUUCGUGGCCGAGCAGGUGGGGGUGGUGUGGGCCUACCUGCCAGAUGGGAGUCGCCUGCACCAACCCUUCUUGGACCUCAAGACCAUUGUGCUGACCACGCCAUGGAUUGGGGAUGAGAGAGGCUUCUUGGGGUUGGCAUUUCACCCCCAAUUCCGCCACAACCACAAGUUCUAUAUUUAUUAUUCAUGCCUGGGCAAGAAAAAGGUAGAAAAGAUCCGGAUUAGUGAGAUGAAGGUUUCUCAGACAGAUCCCAACAAAGCUGACCCCAGCUCAGAAAGGGUCAUCUUGGAAAUAGAAGAGCCAGCUUCAAACCACAAUGGUGGACAACUUCUUUUUGGCCAGGAUGGGUUUCUGUACAUAUUCACCGGGGACGGAGGGCAGGCCGGAGAUCCCUUUGGCAAGUUUGGGAAUGCUCAGAACAAAAGUUCCUUGUUGGGAAAAGUAUUAAGGAUCGAUGUUAACGGGGCGGGCUCCCGUGGCAAGCGAUACCACAUCCCCCGGGACAAUCCUUUUGUUUCUGAGCCAGGGGCCAACCCUGCCAUCUAUGCGUAUGGGGUCAGAAAUAUGUGGCGCUGUUCUGUGGACCGAGGGGACCCAGUCUCUCGUCAAGGUCGAGGCCGGAUCUUCUGUGGGGAUGUCGGCCAGAACAAGUUUGAAGAAGUUGACCUCAUUGUUAAAGGCGGGAAUUAUGGCUGGAGGGCCAAGGAAGGGUUUGAAUGUUAUGACAAAAAACUCUGCCACAAUGCCUCUUUGGAUGACGUUCUGCCCAUCUAUGCUUAUGGCCAUGAAGUAGGGAAAUCCGUCACUGGUGGUUUCGUCUACCGUGGGUGUGAGUCCCCAAACCUUAAUGGCCUCUACAUUUUUGGGGACUUCAUGAGUGGUCGACUUAUGGCUUUGCAGGAAGAUAAGAAAACCAAGAAAUGGACGAAGUGGGACAUCUGUUUGGGCAGCACCUCGGCCUGCGCAUUCCCAGGGCUGAGCAGCACCUACAGCAAGUUCAUCAUCUCCUUUGCUGAAGAUGAAGCAGGGGAGCUGUACUUCCUGGCGACCACCUACCCAAGUGCCUAUGCACCGCAUGGAUCGAUUUACAAGUUCGUGGACCCUUCAAGGAGAGCACCUCCAGGCAAGUGCAAAUAUAAGCCAGUGCCGGUGAAAACCAAGAGCAAGAGGAUCCGGUUCAGGCCAUUUGCUAAGACAGUCCUGGACUUGCUGAAGGAGCAGUCAGACAAAGCAGCUAGACCACCAUCAAAUGCAACCGUACCUCCCAGCCCAGCCUGGGCCUUCCCCAGGAAGGGCUCCUCCAGGAAGCCAGCUUCAGCCACAAGCAUCGAGAAAACACCAAGAGGAUCUGGCACAAGGAAGAAAGCCAGAGUCUGGUCUCCACGUCCCCUGGGCAAGGGGAAGCAGAAUCUGAAAACCCACCGUGGUGGGCUGAGGCAGUUGGCACAGCAGAGGCCAAUGGACCAAAGUCAACCAUGA